AUGCCUAGGGCUUCAAGUGGUGCUUGUGUCCGAUGCAAACGUGCCUGGACGUCCCCGAAUCCUCUCGUCAAGGACCCGGCUCCGGAGAACACUUUGAAGCGACGAGGCCAGGCAAACUUCUGUCAGCCUUGCUUCUCCUACUGUUCUUGCGAUCCUCAAUUCAAACAACUGUCUGCUGCGGAGAUUGUGACAAAGAUCGAUGAGGAUCAGGCUAGCUACGACAGUGGACUAACUUCCUGGGAGGAGAGCAGGCGUGAAGGUGGCCGUCGUUCCAGAAAUCCGGAUCGUUCGACCCAAGUGACGGGCGAGGUUCGCAAUGCGGUGUCCACGAAGCAGCUGCUUGGUUACUUGUGGCCACAAGCCCUGUUGAAGAAGCAUGGGCUACUAGACCUGUGGACGAAAGGUCCUCGACAGACUAUAAUCCAUUUUGGCCAAAAGCUGACUGGAGUCAUGCGGGAGGUCAAUGGGGUAGGGGCUGUCGAGGUGACCCAGGACAGCCAGAUUGCAGCUGUAAGAGCUCACCAGGUUUGUGAUCGCGAAGCAGAUGAACAAGAUGAGGCGGAUGACGUCCACCAGAGCUUGACCAAGCAGCUCAAGCUGACCCAGGAUGAUGAUGGCAAUGGGUUGCUCAAGGGCAAGAAGAAGGGCAGGGAUGAUUUCGGUGAUUUCUUCGGCAUCUGGGGGGUUUCGGGGGCUGUAUCGUCGUCAGGCUCCAAGGACAAGGACAAUGACGAGGAUGCAACAGAUGCUGUUCAGACAGGUACCCCGAAACCCAACAAACGUCCUCGCAAAGAGGUGGCCAAGGCCUCCACUUUCAGUGGAGCGGGGUGCCGAUUGUCCGGUGGCACUGCUACUUUGACUGUGAAUGCCCAAGGAGGGGGGGAUGAUUCCACCACUCAGCCAGACUCAUCGACUCCUCAGUUUGGGUCAUCCGCUUCAUGGCUGUUUGGAGGGAGCAGCAAGAUUCGCGGUGCAAAAGGAAAAGGCGCCGGCAAGGGGUCAUGCAAGGAGUUGGAUCUCACCGACAAAAUCCUGCAACAGUAUGACAACACGAAGGUGGCUUUCGCCAGUGAUGCCUCCUUCAUGAGCAUUACCUUUGCAAAGGUGACCACAAUGGCCGAGAAGCUACAGGGUCGAAGCAGCGAGGAGUGCUUGAAGCUCCUCAGGGACUUGACGGCAUCCGGUUCCGGUACCGACACUGAGAGGGCCUUGUCCAUUAUGCGGAGGCUCAGUGCUGCAAACUCCGAGGUUGGUGCUCUUUGCCAGGUGGUUUCAGCGGUGCAUGACAUGGAAGCAAGUGCCGCCACUCUGCUAGAGGGUAUCAAUGAAGCCAAGAGUGCAGGAAUUUCUCUGCCAGGGAGUUUGCACCAGAUGUACCAUGCUCGGGCAUUGAAGGAGGAAUGCAAGUCGGGAAAUUGGCAGGGCUUCUUGGACAUGCUGCAGUGUGCGGAAAUUGGCGCUAUGUUCGGCACAGGAUCUGAGCAGGGUGCUCUCAUUGAAUUCCAAUUUUGCUCCUUCCGAUCCUCGUUGUCCAAACUCUUGCAGCAGGAAGUCUCCCCGGCGGAUGUGCAGAAGCCGGACCCCAAUGGGCCAUCGCCGCCGAUUUCCGAAGAAGAGAAGUCUCGCCGAGAGGCAGCCAAGAACCAGGCUAUGAAGGCAAGAGCUUUGGAGCUGGCGAAUGGGGUCAAGGCUCUCCAGCUGCAUGCCGAUGAUAUUGAUACCUUGAGAAGUGCUCGGUUGUCCGUGGUGAACAAAAAGGCCGCAAUGCAUGAGUGCAUGACCCUUUUUCCUUUAGGUCAGUUCAUCCAACAGAUGUGCAAUGCUGGGCUGGAGGCUUGGCAUCGUGAUAGGGCUCUCGCAGCAGACUUGGAGUCCUGCAUCACUACCUGUUCUCAGAUGAAAAGCUUCACUGCGGACAUGCUGUUGAAGGGCGAGGCUCCCGAGAUCACAAUUCAGGUUCCAGGGCAAGCGAAGCUUUGCGAGGUUGUGCAGAAGAUGAACAUGAUUCAGAACACCGCCUCGCCCUUGUUCCUGCAGGAGUUUUCUUCCCAGGUGGCAUUGGUCGAAACCAAGAUGCAGGAGGUGAGGGAUGCCUUGUUCCAGGCUUGUGCUCGGAAGUUUCACCUCGUAUGUGGUGAUGCUGUACUUGGGGUCUUGAGCACGAUCCUCUCAGAGAGCCUGACAGCAGAUCUCACGGCCAAGCUCAUCGAAAAGAUUAACACGGCCAAAGCCUUCAGUCCAUGCUCCCAAGCUCUUCUGCAGAAGUGCAUCGGCAUGCAAGCCCAGGAAGUAAUCUCCGUUGUGACGGGUGUGCGAGACUUCUUCGGAGCCUUUGCAGCUGCUCUUCCAGGCCUUGUUGCUCUUUGGCAAGCCGCCGGCGAUGCAGCUCUGUUCUCCCCGUCCCGUUUGUUGCAUGCUGAGAUGACUAAGUUCAUGGCGGCUUGGGCGAGUGCUUCCACAAGGUCUGCACUACAGGAGAUGGCGCCCGAGAUCGACGAGAAGCUUUCUGCAGUGGUCCGGAAGAUUUGUGAGAAUGCCCUGUUACCGGAAUGCAUUUCAUUUGGCUUCAUCAACUUCGUCGUCUUCUUGACCAAGGGAGAUGCAAGCGAGGACAUGAAAACCAUCGUGGGCGAAUUCCAGGGCGACGAAGACAAGGUGAUGUUGGACUUCGAGGGGAUAUUCGAGCAGUACUCCAUUGAGUUAGCCCGGGAUUGGUAUCCUCUUCAGGAAGGUGAUCUGCAGCUGUCGAGUUCGGCGAUUUGUGCAGCCGGGUCAGUUCUUCCUCUUGCGAAGAUGGUUGUCCAUAUGUCGAGUUGGACACGAUCCAUUUCCCUGACGACUUCCACUGCACUUGCUCUGCAGAAAGGCGUCAGCAACCCCAAGGAUUUGUUUGUGGAUUGUAUUAUGACUAAUCUGGGCAGCAAGGAGCACGAAGCAGGUAAGUUCAUGCAUUGUCUACGACGGGCCUCUCAGGGUGCAAAUACUACACAGCAGCAGAUGGCCGCUGAGUUUGUGAAUGGCUGCUUGGUCAAGGGUGCACACCUUUUCCUAAAGGCGAUUGAGAUUGCCACCGCAGAUUUCCGGGAGCUUCGCGACACCUUGCAUGUUUGCUACAAGCAGUUCGACGGCCUCGUGGAGUUCAAUGCAUCCUUGGAUGAGGGAAAGAUCGACUCGGUUCUCACGGAUCGGCUAUGCCAGUGCCCCUCCAUGCAGAAGUGUUUUCUUUUCCUUUCGCAUGGUCCGGAGAUGCUUGAAUCCUUGCAGAAGUUCCUUGUGGGUCUUGAGGCAGCUGCCACUCAAGGCGGCCAGGGUAUGUUCAGGUGUGGGUCCGCAUACCAGCCGGUAGCCCAAGCGGCAAAUGCGAGCAUACAGGAGCUGAAAGCUUUCAUGGUUUCGGAUUGGAAUUCGAAGGUCACCAUCGAAGAGCUAAAGGCUUCUUUGAAUUCUGAGUCCAAAAAAGAGGAUUCUUUCACGAUUGGAGUGAUUCAGCAGGCUUUGAUUAGCCGGGCUCACACUGGCAUCCGAAAGCGCGGCGACUUCUGCAAAAACGCAGCUUGGCGAGUGCGGAACUUGAUUACCAUGUUUUGUGCGAUCGCGAAGAGGCCUCACAGGCCUAGGGAAGCGAAUAUCAUCAAGAUCUACGAAAUGGUGGGCAUCAAAGUUCCUGAAGGUCGAUCGCCAACCACUGCCGAAGAGGAAGCCGAGGAUGACGGUGCUGAAGAAGAGUAUGAAGAAGAAUGUUUAAGCGAAGAUGAGCUUGUGGAUCCGGAUGCAGUUGGUAGCGGUGAGCCAACAGCCGUUGUGAGCGACGCAGCAGCUGAAGCAGUCCCGACAGCAGCCUUCCACGUGCAUCCGCACCGUACCCUGACCAGUGCCUUGUACACAUUAUACUCGAAGCAUUAUGUGCAUCAAACUUCCCAGAUCGAUCGGACGCCCAUCCAAGGUGAUUCGGUUACCACAGCCGCCUCGACUCCUUCGCCACACAGGCCGGCCGAUUUGCCGGACCCUUCGCCGCCAUCAGAAGUCCCCGCACCAUCCGCUUUGCACACCCCGUCGCCAUGCAACAAGCCUUCAGAAGGAGUCCCAACCCCAACCGAUGAGAAGCAGCCAUGUGCACGCCGCACGAAACAGCUCAUGCUCGAUGCCUUGAACGAAGAGUGUGAGAUGCUAGAGCAAUAUCGACCAGACCGAGACGCUGCCGAUAUGGAGCCUGCACACGCGGAAGCGGUCUUGCAGGAAGCGAUGAUCCAGGUUCGAGAGUUUGAGGAGCAUGUGCACUUGCAGCAGGCACAUGAUGAGGAGCCCCCCCAGGUCCCAUACUUCCAGGCCCGAACGCGAGUCAUGGAGGGUCGAUGCGAUAGUGAUGAUAUGGAUGUUCCUGUCCCACUGCCCCAACUGGUGAAAGCUGUGACCGACGACGAGCCUGGGACCCCGUGCCUGAGUCCGAACGAAGCUGUGCUAAGUUCUGAAAAGGAGCAGGAACCAGUCAUGCCGCCCCAGGAGGUAGCAGAGGAGCCGCCCCAGAAGGUAGCACAGGAGCCCACCCCACCCCAGGAGGUGGAAGCGGCCGAGCCAGCUUCGAUCAGCAAAGGUGGAAAAAAGAGCAAGCCGGAGCAGGAGACAGCACCUCCUAGCGAGGAGGUGGAGCUUGUGUCGAAGCCUGCUUGUGUGAGAGAGCUGCCCGUGCUGUCCCCACAGGAGCAGGCAAAGCACGCACGCGACGUGAGGAAUGAGCCGCAUGCCGAAGCCCCGAAGACACGCAAAGGAAAAGGAAAGGGAAAGAAGAAUGGAAAGGGUAAGGGUAAGGGGAAGCCCAAAGCAAGCGAUAGUGAUGAUCCAGAAGAGCCCAAAGCGCCAUCGGAGGAAGCAAUGGAGGACGACGAGGAGGCACAGCCCAAAGCCCCCAAGAAGAGACGAUCGAAGGCAGCAAAGGAGGCGGAUCAUGAGUACGAGGAGCCACAGCCCAAAGCCGGUAAGAAGAAGCGAUCGAAGGAAGCAGGGGAGGACGAGGAGCCACAGCCCAAAGCCCCCAAGAAGAAAGGAUCGAAGGCAGCAAAGGAGGCGGAUGAGUACGAGGAGCCACACAGCAAAGCCGGUAAGAAGAAGCGAUCGAAGGAAACAGGGGAGGACGAGGAGCCGCAGCCCAAAGCCAACAACAAGAAGAAGGCAGCAAAGGAGGAGGAGGAGGAGCCACAGCCCAAAGCCAACAAGAAGAAGAAGGGAGCAAAGGAGGAGGAGCCACAGCCCAAAGCCAACAAGAAGAAGGGAGCAAAGGAGGAGGAGCCGCAGCCCAAGGCUAACAAGAAGCAGGCAACGAAGGAGACAGAUCGGGAUGCAAUCUUGGAGGAACGGCGGAUGCGAAACUGUCGCAAAAGCAAGGCAUACCACAGUGCAAAGAACGCCGCUCUGAAAAGCGGUUUGAGUGAUGAAGAAGCCAAGAAGAAGGCACAGGAGGUAUCUUGCAUUAUUUGCAUGUUUUAUGUCACAUGA